GAUGCUACUGAGGCUGCGGAAAGACUGUCAAAACUGAUGGACAUUGACGUUGAUGGCGAAGAGAAAAUUGACAACCUACGAAAACGCAUCGCCUUCCUGGCUUAUCAUCGUAGAUCGCAAGAGUCGAUCUUCUAUCGGAUUUACUGUUACAUCUACUCGAGCAUUUACUGGAUUAUCAAGAAGCUAAUCGAGUACUAUGAAUACCGACGUGCAAUCGUUGCAGCCAUGCCCCAAGAAACCCUGCCAUCGGCGUCUUCUUCAACUAAUCUACGUACUCCCACUCCCACUCCUAUUUCCUUACCAGCACCCUUGUCCGAUGAAGAAGACGUUACGCUUAGAGGUCUUAGACGUGACCACAAAUAG